UCACCUCCAGGGUGGUGCGGCCACGAGCAGCUGAUUACAGAGGUCCUGAGAUGUCAGCCCAGUGAUGAUGUCAGCCUCGAGUUGAUGUCAGCGUGAUAGUCGUGUUCGCAGGACUCUUUUUCGGUCGCCAGGAGUGUCAGGUGUCAGCAUGGAGGAGCCAGGAGACUCAGGAGAGGAGAAAAAUGCGGUCGAGGUACUGCAGGCCAAAGUCUCGGAGUUAAAGGAACGGGAGCGUAAAUUAUUGGAAGAACAUGCGCGACAGGAGGCAGACUUUGGACUCCGUAGGGCCAAACUUAAGGAACUCUAUCUUCAGAAAGAAGAGGAGUUAAGACUGCAGUCUGAUCAUACUAGAGCAGUGGAGGUGGAACUGGAGGUGCUACGUUCUCAGGUGCGAGAGCUGCAGGAAGAACUGGAGGAGGCUCGCAGUGCAGUCACAAUUGCACAAUGUACAGCUGAAAAUGACAUUGCUGUGGAACAACGUAAAUGUCAGGAGGAAAUAGCCACAGUCCAACAGCUCAUGAAAGGUGAGUGUUCAGCCUUCUGUAGAAAUAAAAAAAAAAAAAAAUAGAAGAAGAAAAAAAAA